AUGCGCUUCUCCACUUUUACCCAAGUCGUCGCCCUUGGCCUUUUGGCCGCAACACCGCUCGUUGCCGAGCCCGUUGACUUCUCUUCUGGCGUGGCACGUCGUCAUGUGGGAGGACUGGGUAACUUGGCGUCCUCGUAUGUGAACGCUGUCCGCGCCAUCGAAGGCAACAUUGAGCGCCGUCAUCACAAGGGGAAGGGCAAGACUGCUGCAACUGGUGCCGCAAAGGCUGCAAAGGCCGCAAAGGCGAAUGCAAAUAAUGGUAAUGCGAAUGCAAACGCAAAUGCUGCCGCGGCAGCCAACAGCACCGCCGCCACUGGAGCCACCGCUGCUACGACUGCUCAGAACUGCGCAAACCAACGUCGACACCACAAAGGCAAAGGGGGUGCCGCAAAGGCGAACGCAAACACCGCCGCUACAGCCGCCAACUGCGCACGUGAUGUAGAGGAAGAGCUCGAAGCUCCUGUACGAUAUCGCGACCUCGGCCUCGAGCGACGCCACCACAAGGGCAAGGGCAAGGCUGGGGCUGCAAAAGCAAAGGCAAAUGCUGGUGCCGCGAAUGCUGGUGUAGCAAAUGCUAAUGCUGGCGCCGCAAACGCGAAUGCCGGGGCGGCAAAUGCCAAUGCUGGUGCUGCGAAUGCUGCUGGAACUGCCAACACUGCCAACGCUGCCAACGCUGCCAAUACUGCCAAUACUGCCAAUACUGCCAACACUGCCAACACUGCCAACACUGCCAAUACUGCCAACACUGCCAAUACUGCCAAUACUGGAGUGACGGGAGCAACUGCUCAGAACUGUGCAAAUCAGCGCCGACACCACAAGGGCAAGGGAGGAGCCGCAAACGCCGCGAAUGCAAAUACCGCCGCUACUGCUGCUACGGCUUGCAACUAGAUGGCAUUGAUGGAGAAUCAUCCUCUGUCGAGUGUUGGCCCGUUGCCCUGGAUGGAUGGACUGAGUUGGUGACGUUAAGAGGGGUUGGAGUGAGUUGAGCCCCUUUCUUUUCUUGGGUUGCUGGUAAAUACUUAUGGAACCGGACAAAUACCUCGUAACUAUUGUAUAUAUUGCAAGCGGAUUUGCUUGCGAACAACUCUAGUCGCCUUGGCUGAUGCCAAUGUGGUAACUUUGGCAUCUCAUGGUCGUAGGCUCAAUGUGUCGAUAUGCUGCGUUUGUAGCAUGGCAAGG